AUGGAUUCUUCAACAUCUAAUGACGAUGAUAACAAAAUAGAAGCCGAAAAUAUGAUUGUUUUGGUUAAAUGUGACAAAGAAAAUCCUGAAUUAAGUGAUAUUUAUGUCAAUAAAAAUAAUUAUAGAAUUGGCAGAGGACGAGAUUGCAACUUUCAUAUUCUUGAUGUUCUGAUUUCAAGAAAUCAUUGCAUUCUUACGUUUAACAAAAAGACUGAAGAAUGGAGUAUAACAAACUUAAGUUCAACUGGAACAACAUUGAAUGAUAAUGUUUUAGAUAAAGAUAAACCUUAUGUUAUUCACAUAGGUGACUUUAUCCAAUUUUCUGUUUGUCAUAAAUUUAAGUUUUAUGUAAAAGAAUUCAUUGAAAAUGGACCUGUUAAGAAAAAGCAACGUAUUGAUGAAUCUGUUUUUAAUGAAGAAAUUAAAAGACAGAAAGCUUUCGCCGAGGAACAAGAACUCAAGAGAAAGGAAUUGGAAGAACAACUCGUUAACAGGCAGAAAGAACAAGAAGAUUUAAAAGCACGUCUAGAUGAAAUAAUGAAAACCAAGCAAGAAGCAGAAGGAAAAAGUGAAGAGCAAAAUGAAUUGAUAAAGCAACUCGAAGAUAAAAUAAAAGCUGGUAAUGAGGUUGAAACACAGUUGCAACAAAAUUAUACUCAACUUAUGAGUACUGUAGAAGCGCAAAAACAACAAUUUGAACAGUUAUUAAAUGCUGAAAGAGCUAAAUGGCAACAAACAUUGGAUAUGACCAAACAAGAAAAGGAGGAUAUGGAGAGAAAAAUGUUGGGAGAUAUGGCGGCCUGGAGACUUAAGCAAAAUGCUGAGUGGACCACAGUGGUUGAUGAGUUAGUAAAGAAAGAAAAAGACAUACAACAAAAAUUAGUCGUCGAAAAAGCUUCCCUUGAGCAAAGAUUACAAAAAGCUGAAAGAGCUUUGCAAGAAAAAACAGCUCUUGCUGAACAGUUGCAACAUACAGUACAAAAUCAACAAGUCAUUGUUGUUGAAGUAGCAUCAAAUGGAGCACUAGGAGAAUCUUUAGAUACAAUUGAUCUAACUAAAGAUGAUGUCCGACCAGGUUCUUCUAAAGACAAUGCAGUAGUUGAUAAAGUUGGAAGCAUUUUAGAUGAUCAAUUAACAUGUCAAAUAUGCUCAGAACUUUUUGUAACAGCUGUUACUUUGUUAUGUUCUCAUACAUAUUGUCAGUAUUGUAUAUCUAUGUGGAUGAAAAAAAAACGUGAGUGUCCAAUUUGUCGUGCAGAAAUUACAACUAUGUCAAGAUCGUUGGCAUUGGAUAAUUUUAUUGAACAAAUGGUUGAUGAAUUGUCUACGCACCACAAAGAACGAAGAAGAGAGUUAGUUAAUCAACACAAAGCUGCUUGUCGCGCGAUGGGUAUUGGGGUCAUCAAGCAUAGGAAGAAAGUACAUAAACGUAGUACAUAA